AUGGCAAAGGAGGAAGAUGAAGAGAAGAAAGGCAAGAAAGGGAAAAAGGGGAAGAAGGCGCUGGAGCCGGAGAAGCCCAAAAGGAGCCUGAAGGGGACGUCGCGGCUGUUCAUGGGCUUCCGCGACCGCACGCCUAAGAUCUCCAAGAAGGGCCAGUUCCGGAGUGCGUCGGCCUUCUUCUGGGGCCUCCACACUGGUCCCCAGAAGACCAAACGCAAGAAGAAGGCCCGCACGGUGCUCAAAUCCACGUCGAAGCUCAUGACGCAGAUGCGCAUGGGCAAGAAGAAGCGGGCGAUGAAGGGCAAGAAGCCGUCCUUCAUGGUGAUCCGCUUCCCGGGCCGGCGAGGCUACGGCCGCCUCCGGCCGCGCGCCCAGUCGCUCAGCAAGGCGUCCACGGCCAUCAACUGGCUCACCAAGAAGUUCCUCCUCAAGAAGGCCGAGGAGUCGGGCGGCGAGCAGGCCACGGUGGACGCCUGGCUGCAGCGCUCAGGCUCCCGCGUGGGCUCCCGCAAGCUGCCCUUCCCGUCGGGCGCCGAGAUCCUGCGGCCCGGAGGCCGGCUCCGGAGGUUCCCCCGCAGCCGCAGCAUCUAUGCGGCGGGCGAGCCGGUGGGCUUCCUGCCCUUCGAGGACGAGGCCCCGUUCCGGCACUCGGGCUCGCGCAGGUCGCUCUACGGGCUCGAGGGCUUCCAAGACCUGGGCGAGUAUUACGACUACCACCGCGAGGGCGACGACUACUACGACCGGCAGUCGCUCUACCACUACGAGGCGCAGGAGCCCUACCUGGCCGGCUACGGCCCCUACAGCCAGGCCCGGCCGCCGUACGGCGACUACCACUAUGGGUACCCGCCCGAAGACCCCUAUGACAACUACCACGCUGACUACUACGGCGGCUCCUUCUACCCGGGGUACACCUACGGGUACGGCUACCACGAUUACGAACCUCCGUAUGCACCCCCUUCGGGGUACUCGUCUCCCUACAGCUACCCUGAUGGGUACCAGGGCGAAGGGAACCCAUACAGCUACUACCUGGACCCCUACGCACCUUAUGACAUGCCAUACCCGCCCUACGAGCUCGCGCACUACACUCCCUACGACGUACCCUACUUGGAUCCCUACGGGGUCCCCUACACCACCCCCUAUGCCGAAGGCAUCAGUGGCGGGGAGGGUGAGGCCAUUUAUCCCCCUGAAGUGCCCUAUCUCUCCCCGGAGGAGUCGGCCUUUGCGUACCCCUGGGUGCCACCACCCAUACUAUCGCCCCACAACCCAUACGCCCACCCCAUGGAUGACAUUGCAGAGCUGGAGGAGCUGGAGGAGCCGGAGGCGGCGGGCGGAGAGCGGCAGAACACCUCCUUCCGCCUGCCCAGCGCCGCCUUCUUCGAGCAGCAAGGCAUGGACAAGCCGGCCAGGUCCAAGCUGUCCCUCAUCCGCAAGUUCCGCCUCUUCCCGCGGCCCCAGGUGAAGCUGUUUGGGAAGGAGAAGUUGGAGGUGUCCCUGCCACCCUCCCUGGACAUCCCGCUGCCCUUGGGGGAUGCAGACGACGAGGAGGAAGAGGAGGAGAUGCCCCGGCUGCCCACGGUGCCCUACGGCCACCCUUCCUGGGGCUUCCUCACGCCGCGACAGCGCAACCUCCAGCGCGCCCUGUCGGCCUUCGGCGCCCACCGGGGCCUGGGCUUCAGCCCCGACUUUGGCCGCCCCCCGCCUCGCCCGGCCACCUCUCUGGCGCGGUUCCUCAAAAAGACGCUGUCCGAGACAAAGCCCGUCCCGAGGCUCAGGGGCAGCCAGACGGCCCGCGCUGGAGGCCCCGCCGNGCUCCCGCGCGCGUGGCGGCGCCUCAGCGAGCCGCCCACGCGGGCCGUGAAGCCGCGCAUGCGCCAGUCCUUCAGCCGGCCGCCAGGCGCUGGAUCCUGGCUUGCCGCUGCGUCGCUCCUGCAGCACCCCGAGAACGCGCAAGAACCCGAGGACUCGGAGACACCCUGGACGGUGCCUCCACUGGACCCCAGCUGGGACGGGGACGUGCCUGCCACCCAGCGUCCACCCUCUCCCUGGCCGGGAGGUGCAGGCAGCCGCCGAGGCUUUUCCAGGCCAUCCCCAGUACCCCAAAACCCUUUCCUUCAGCACCUGGGCCUUGUGCCAGCCUCCACUCCCCAGCCUGAGGACCCAGCUGCCAACUCAACCAGAGUCUUCCUGAGCAGAUAUCAUGACCCGGGGCCUGGACAGCUCAGCAAAUCUGCUGGCGCGAGCCCUGAGAAGCCUGAAGAAGAGGCUGCCUUGGGGGAUCCUCAGCCACCAGCAGAGCCUGAGCUCCCCGCCUUGAAAUCCCCCAAGGAUGCCCCCACAAAGCAGAAGAAGUUAACACUCAGCCUCUCGCACCCACUGGCUGCACGUAACCAGACGAGGGCCACAUGGCCACCAUGGCGCCUUUGGGGGACAUCACCAAGAGCUCCAGCCCCCUUGGCACCCUCUGGGGUCCCGGCGCCCCUGCCCAAGGCGGGCAAGCAGCGUCAGGCAGGCCCUGGGCGUUUUGCUGUGGUCAUGCCUCGGGUGCAGAAGCUGAGUUCCUUCCAGCUCAUUGGGCCUGCUACCUUGCAGCGCCCUGUCCAGAUGACCCAGGACCCCGAGCCCAGUCCCGAGCCGCGAGCCUGGAGCCUGAGCUGGUCCCACCUCUGGCUGCCAGCCCAUGCCCACCGUCCAGGGCCACGAGUACACACCCGCCCCCAGUCCUGCCGUCUGGGUCCCGGAGCCACCUGCCUGUCCCUCAGGGGCUCUUGGGAAGAGGUUGUCCCCAAAAGCUGGCAGAAAAAGAUGCACUCCAUCCGCAACCUGCCAUCCGUGCGAUUCUGUGAGCAACGCAGGGAGGAUGGUGUGGAAGACAUGACGCAGCUGGAAGACCUCCAGGAGACCACUGUGCUGUCCAACCUCAAGACCAGAUUUGACCGGAACCUCAUCUAUACAUACAUUGGCAGCAUCCUGGUGUCAGUGAACCCGUACCGAAUGUUCGGAAUCUAUGGGCCAGAACAGGUGCAGCAGUACAGUGGACGGGCCCUGGGAGAGAAUCCCCCGCACCUCUUUGCAAUUGCAAAUCUCGCCUUCGCCAAAAUGCUCGAUGCCAAACAGAACCAGUGCAUAAUCAUCAGUGGAGAGAGCGGCUCUGGCAAAACUGAGGCCACAAAGCUGAUUCUGCGCUACCUGGCUGCCAUGAACCAGAAACGGGAUGUUAUGCAGCAGAUAAAGAUCCUAGAGGCAACACCCCUCUUGGAGUCCUUUGGUAACGCCAAAACUGUCAGGAAUGACAACUCCAGCCGCUUUGGGAAGUUCAUGGAGAUAUUUCUGGAAGGGGGCGUGAUCUCUGGUGCCAUAACCUCCCAGUACCUGCUUGAGAAAUCCAGGAUUGUGUUUCAGGCCAAAAAUGAGAGGAAUUACCAUAUCUUCUACGAGCUGCUGGCUGGCCUGCCUGCCCAGCUCCGGCAGGCCUUCAGCCUGCAGGAGGCCGAGACCUACUACUAUCUGAACCAGGGUGGGAACUGUGAGAUCACCGGGAAGAGUGACACAGAUGACUUCCGCCGGCUUCUGGCCGCCAUGGAGGUUCUGGGUUUCAGCAGCGAGGACCAGGACAGCAUCUUCCGCAUCUUGGCCUCCAUCCUGCACCUGGGCAAUGUCUACUUUGAGAAGUAUGAGGCAGAUGCGCAGGAGGUGGCCUCCGUGGUGAGUGCCCGAGAGAUACAGGCCGUGGCAGAGCUGCUGCAGAUCUCACCUGAGGGCCUGCAGAAGGCCAUCACCUUCAAAGUGACUGAGACAAUGCGAGAGAAGAUCUUCACACCCUUGACCGUGGAGAGUGCCGUGGAUGCCAGGGAUGCCAUCGCCAAGGUCUUGUACGCACUGCUGUUCAGCUGGCUCAUCGCCAGGGUCAACGCACUGGUGUCCCCACAGAAGGACACACUGUCCAUCGCCAUCCUGGACAUCUAUGGCUUUGAGGACCUGAGCUUCAACAGCUUUGAACAGCUGUGUAUCAACUAUGCAAACGAGAACCUUCAGUACCUUUUCAACAAGAUCAUCUUCCAGGAGGAGCAGGAGGAGUACAUCCGGGAGCAGAUUGAUUGGCGGGAGAUCACCUUUGCCGACAAUCAGCCCUGCAUCAACCUCAUCUCACUGAAGCCCUAUGGCAUCCUGCGCAUCCUUGAUGAUCAGUGUUGCUUUCCCCAGGCCACAGACCACACGUUCCUGCAGAAGUGCCACUACCACCACGGCGCCAACCCACUCUACUCCAAACCCAAGAUGCCACUGCCCGAGUUCACCAUCAAGCACUACGCAGGCAAGGUCACCUACCAGGUGCACAAAUUCCUGGACAAGAACCACGACCAAGUGCGCCAGGACGUGCUGGACCUGUUUGUGCACAGCCGGACGCGGGUGGUAGCACACCUCUUCUCCAGCCACGCUCCGCAGGCUGCCCCUCAGCGCCUGGGCAAGAGCAGCUCCAUUACCCGGCUCUACAAGGCGCAUACCGUGGCUGCCAAGUUCCAGCAGUCACUCCUGGAUCUGGUGGAAAAGAUGGAGAGGUGUAACCCCUUGUUCGUGCGUUGCCUGAAGCCCAACCACAAGAAGGAGCCAGGUCUCUUUGAGCCAGAUGUGGUGAUGACCCAGUUACGCUAUUCCGGGGUGCUGGAGACUGUGAGGAUCCGCAAGGAGGGCUUUCCAGUGCGGCUGCCCUUCCAGGUGUUCAUAGACAGGUACCGCUCUCUAGUGGCCCUCAAGCAUGACCUGCCAGCUAAUGGGGACAUGUGUGUCUUGGUGCUGAGUCGCCUGUGCACAGUCAUGCCAAACAUGUACCGCGUUGGGGUCAGCAAGCUGUUUCUUAAGGAACACCUACACCAGCUGCUGGAGAGCAUGCGGGAGCGCAUCCUGAAUCUGGCAGCCCUCACGCUGCAGCGCUGCUUCCGCGGCUUCCUCAUCCAGCAGCGUUUCCGCUCUCUGCGCCACAAGAUCAUCCUGCUGCAAAGCCGGGCCCGUGGCUACCUUGCCAGACAACGCUAUCAGCAGAUGAGGAGGAGUCUGGUGAAAUUCCAGUCCCUGGUACACACGUACAUGAGCCGCCAACGCUACCUCAAGCUGAGGGCAGAAAGGAGGCACCGGGUGGAGGCGGCGUGGCUGCGGGAGCAGGAGGAGCUGAGCAAGCGGGAGGUGGUGGCUGUGGGGCACCUGGAGGUACCAGCUGAGCUGGUGGGGCUCUUGCAAGCAGUGGCAGGCCUCAGGGUGCCCCGUGUGGCCCCCGUGAGGACCCCCCGGCUCCAGGCUGAGCCCCGUGUCACCUUGCCCCUGGAUAUCAACAACUACCCCAUGGCCAAGUUUGUCCGGUGCCACUUCAAGGAACCUGCCUUUGGGAUGCUGACAGUGCCCCUGAGGAUGCCUCUCACACAGCUGCCAGCUGAGCACCAUGUGGAAGCCAUGAGCAUCUUCAAGCUGAUCCUGCGUUUCAUGGGCGACCCCCACCUGCAUGGUGCCCAGGAGAACGUCUUCGGGAACUACAUUGUGCAGAAGGGGCUGGAGGUGCCCGAGCUGCGGGAUGAGAUCCUGGCACAGCUGGUCAACCAGGUGUGGCACAAUCACAAUGCCCACAACACCGAGCGGGGCUGGCUGCUGCUGGCUGCCUGUCUCAGCAGCUUUGCGCCUUCCUCACGCUUCAACAAGUACCUCCUCAAGUUCGUGUCUGAUUAUGGGCAGAAUGGCUUCCAGGCUGUGUGUCAGCACCAUCUCAUGCAGGCCAUGGGCCGGGCCCAACAGCAGGGCCUAGGGGCUGCCCGCACCUUCCCCCCAACCCAGCUUGAGUGGAUAGCAAUCCAUGAGAGGGCCAGCAUGGCGCUGGACGUGACCUGCUUCAAUGGUGACCAGUUCUCCUGCCCAGUGCACUCCUGGAGUACGGGGGAAGAGGUGGCUGGAGACAUUCUGAGGCACAGGGGGCUGGCAGAUGGCUGGCGGGGCUGGACGGUGGCCAUGAAGAAUGGGGUCCAGUGGGCAGAGCUGGCUGGCCAUGACUAUGUGCUGGACCUGGUGUCAGACCUGGAGCUGCUCAGGGACUUCCCACGACAGAAGUCCUACUUCAUUGUGGGCACAGAAGGGCCCAUGGCUGGCAGAGGAGGCCCCAGAGUGGUGUUUGGGAACAGCUGGGACUCGGAUGAGGACACGCCCACUAGGCCCCAGCCCCAGGGGCACAUGCCCAAAGUGCCUGACUCCGAUGGGUACUGCAGCCACAAUGAAGAUGGUACAAAUGGAGAGACUGAGGCCAGCAGAGAGACAGCGACCCACCAAGACUCGGACAGCCUUGGAGAGCCUGCUGUGCCCAAGGGGCUGGACUGCUACCUGGACAGCCUCUUCGACCCCGUGCUGUCCUGUGGGGAUGCGGACCUGGAGAAGCCAACAGCCAUUGCCUACCGCAUGAAAGGGGGAGACCAGCCUGCUGGAAGCGGCAGUAGCGAUACUGAAGACACCCCCAGGAGACCCCCAGAGCCAAAGCCAAUCCCAGGCCUGGAUGCCUCCACUUUGGCUCUGCAGCAAGCCUUCAUCCACAAACAGGCCAUGCUGCUGGCCCGGGAGAUGACUCUGCAGGCCAUGGCACUUCAGCAGCAGCCCCUGAGCCCCACCCCAAGAUCCUUGCCCCCAGAGAAACCCCUUGCAUCAGAGGCAUGGCCGAAGUCUGUAGGCACUGGUCCCCCAGCCAAACCUGUGCUCCUGUGCUCCGCCUCAAAGCCCUUGGCUUCAACCCCUCUGGCCAAGGCCCCAAGGCCCCCCACCAAGCCCGUGGCUGCCCCCAUUCUAGCUCAGGACCAGGAUUCUCCAGAAACCACUUCGCCCUCCCCUGAGCUAGUCCGGUACUCGACGCUCAACUCAGAACACUUUCCACAACCCACGCAGCAGAUCAAGGACAUUGUCAGGCAGUACCAGCAGCCACCCCGGGGAGGCCGGCCUGAGGCCCUCAGGAAGGAUGGUGGGAAGGUGUUCAUGAAGCGGCCAGACCCCCAUGAGGAGGCUUUGAUGAUCCUGAAGGAGCAGAUGACUUACCUGGCAACAGCGCCUGGCACCCAGGUGUCCAGAGAGGCUGUGGCCAUGGUGAAGCCAGUGGCCAGUGCACCAAGACCAUCCAUGGGGCCCACUGCAGUGCUGCCUUCGCGGUCACUGGAGCCCCCAGAAGAACCCGUGCAAACACGGCUGCACCGCCUCAUCAACCCCAACUUCUAUGGCUACCAGGACACCCCCUGGCGGAUCUUCCUGCGCAAAGAGGUGUUUUAUCCCAAGGACAGCUACAGCCACCCUGUGCUUCUAGAUCUCCUGUUCCGGCAGAUCCUGCAUGACACACUCUCCGAGGCUUGCCUGCGCAUCUCCGAGGAUGAGAGGCUCAGGAUGAAGGCCCUGUUUGCCCAGAGCCAGCUGGACAUGCAGCGGCCCCUGGCAACAGAGAAUGUGAAGCGGGCCGUGGUUACCACUGCACGAGACAGCUGGGAGGUCUACUUCUCCCGCCUCUUCCCUGCCAUGGGCAGUGUGGGCACUGGUGUGCAGAUCCUAGCUGUGUCCCACAUGGGCAUCAAACUCCUGCGGAUGGUCAAGGGCAGCCGGGAGGCUGGCGGGCAGCUGCGGGUCCUGCGUGCGUACAGCUUUGCAGAUAUCCUGUUUGUGACCAUGCCCUCUCAGAACAUGCUGGAGUUCAACUUGGCCAGUGAGAAGGUCAUCCUUUUCUCAGCCCGAGCUCACCAGGUCAAGACGCUGGUGGAUGAUUUCAUUCUGGAGUUGAAGAAGGACUCUGACUAUGUGGUCGCUGUGAGAAACUUUCUGCCUGAGGACCCGGCACUGCUGGCCUUCCACAAGGGUGACAUCAUCCACCUGCAGCCCCUGGAGCCACCUCGAGUGGGCUAUAGCGCCGGCUGUGUGGUCCGCAAGAAGGUUGUGUACCUGGAGGAGCUGCGGUGUAGAGGCCCUGAUUUCGGCUGGAGGUUCGGGACCGUCCAUGGGCGUGUGGGCCGCUUCCCUUCGGAGUUGGUGCAGCCUGCUGCUGCCCCCGACUUCCUGCAGCUGCCAGCCGAGCCAGGCAGGAGCCAAGCUGCCACCGUGGCUGCUGCUGUGGCCUCUACAGCCGCUGCCCAGGAGGUGGGCCACAGGAGAGAGGGUCCCCCAGUCAGGGUCUGCUCUGCUGACCGUGGAGAGGACGCCCUGGCUUUCCCACUGUCUGCCAUGCUCGAGUUUGCCCAGAAGUAUUUCCGAGAUCCUCAGAGGAGGCCCCAGGAUGGCCUCAGGCUGAAGUCCAAGGAGGGUCAGGAGUCCAGAACCUUGGAGGACAUGCUUUGCUUCACCAAGAUGCCGCUCCAGGAAUCCCUCAUCGAACUCAGUGACAGCAGCCUCAACAAGAUGGCCACCGACAUGUUCCUAGCUGUGAUGAGGUUCAUGGGGGAUGCCCCACUGAAGGGCCAGAGUGAACUGGACGUACUUCGCACACUCCUGAAGAUGUGUGAGGACCAUGAGGUCAUGCGGGAUGAGUGUUACUGCCAAGUCGUGAAGCAGAUCACAGACAACACCAGCUCCAAGCAAGACAGCUGCCAACGAGGCUGGAGGCUGCUGUAUAUCGUGGCCGCCUAUCACAGCUGCUCCAAGGUCCUCCACCCACACCUCACUCGCUUCCUCCAAGAUGUGAACCGGACCCCAGGCGUGCCCUUCCAGGGGAUCGCCAAGGCCUGUGAGCAGAACCUGCAGAAAACCUUGCGCUUUGGGGGCCGUCUGGAGCUCCCCAGCAGCAUGGAGCUUCGGGCCAUGUUGGCAGGCCGCAGUUCUAAGAGGCAGCUCUUUCUUCUUCCUGGAGGCCUUGAACGCCAUCUCAAAAUCAAAACGUGCACCGUGGCCCUGGACGUGGUGGAGGAGAUCUGUGCUGAGAUGGCUCUAACCCGCCCCGAGGCCUUCGAUGAGUAUGUCAUCUUCGUUGUCACCAACCGAGGCCAACAUGUGUGCCCGCUCAGUCGCCGUGCCUACAUCCUGGAUGUGUCCUCAAAGAUGGAGCAGGUGGAUGGUGGCUACAUGCUCUGGUUCCGGCGUGUGCUCUGGGAUCAGCCACUCAAGUUUGAGAAUGAGUUAUACGUGACCAUGCACUACAAUCAGGUCCUGCCCAACUACCUGAAGGGCCUCUUCAGCAGCGUGCCAUCCAGCCGGCCCAGUGAGCAACAGCUGCAGCAGGUGUCCAAGCUGGCUUCUCUGCAGCACCGUGCCAGGGACCACUUCUACCUACCCAGUGUGCGGGAGGUCCAGGAGUACAUCCCGGCCCAGCUCUACCGCACAAUGGCCGGCUCGGCCUGGCUCAACUUGGUCAGCCAGCACCGGCAGCAGACGCAGGCGCUCAGCCCCCACCAGGCCCGCGCGCAGUUUCUGGGCCUCCUCAGUGCCUUUCCUAUGUUCGGCUCCUCCUUCUUCUUCGUCCAGAGCUGCAGCAACGUCGCUGUGCCAGCCCCGUGCAUCCUUGCUAUCAACCAUAACGGCCUCAACUUCCUCAGCACCGAGAGCCACGAAAUAAUGGUGAAGAUCCCCCUGAAAGAGAUCCAGUCAAUGUGGACCCAGCGGCCCACAGCCAACUCCAGCUACCCAUAUGUGGAGAUCGUGCUGGGGGAUAUGGCGGCCCAGCGUACCAUGCAGCUGCAGCUGGAGCAGGGCCUGGAGCUGUGUCGUGUGGUGGCUGUGCACGUGGAGAACCUGCUGAGUGCCCGCGAGAAGCGGCUCACACUGCCCCCCAGUGAGAUCACCUUGCUUUGACCCAGUCUCCAGCCCUCCAGCUGCCUUCUCCAGACAUACUGUGCGGCCUCAGGGGUGUCACUGGACCUCUCUGGGCCUGUGACCACUGUAAGAGGCCAGAACCUUGGGGAAGACUGAGAGGAGGUAGGAGGAGCAACCCAAGAAGCCAAGAGGACCCAUUCAGAGUUGUGAUGCAAUUCCAGCAUGCAGACUUGGGUUAGACAGCAGGAGAAAAUUUCAAAGGCUAGCCCAUGGUACAGUGGAACAGAAGGUGGGACCAUGGGACCUCCUCCCAUGUACCCACUGCAGAACCUGCCCCUGACUCCCACUUAUGGCAGGGAAGCCCCACACCAGUGGCCUAGAUGAACUGGACUCUCCCUUUGAUUUACUCAGAGUUUGAUGUUCAAAUCUGCUCCAGCUCCAUAUCCCAGCCCCCCACGUCCUCCUCCUCCUCAGGUGCCCCACCUUGUACUGCCUCUCAGCCUGGAUAUGUGGCCUUAGUCAUUUCUGUGCAAAUAAAAGGUGUGCCUGGCAGCCAUCUCCUCCAUGGAGUUGCUAAGUGGCUGGAAAAUACGCCUGAGGAGACAGGAGUUGGAGGCACAGUUGUGCCCUUGACUCACUGCCUAUGAGCAGAGCUUCCAGCAGAGAUGUCUCCCCUUAUGUCUUCUUUCAGACCCCUGUCCCCCUACUCCACACUCCUUGGGUAGCCCCAUUCCCGGGCCACCAUCACCUGAUGGCCCACACAAGAUUUGAGAGUGGUGUAGUGGAGCGAGGGAUAAGUUCCAUCUUGGGCCUGGGAGGGAGAAGCCUGGGAAAGGGCUUCUCAGAGAAUGGUACAUCAGGGUUGGGCUUUGAAGAAUUAGUAGGAGUUUGCUAAGAAUAGAUAGAUGGAAGGCAGGGGGAUAAACAUUCAAAACAGAGAAAACCAUGUUUGUUCCCUGCUGUGUCUCCCAGAGCCUAGGAUGGUGCCUAAAACAGAAUAGGCACUUAAAAAAUACUUGUCACAUGAAUGAAAGAAUAAAUGAAUGAAUGAAUGUUGA